AUGAGGAGUACUACUCUACCAAUUAAAGAUGAUUUGUUGUCUUUGAAAACACUGAAAAGAAUUUCACAUGCUGAAAUUUCACAAGCAACUAAUGGAUUUAAGGAAAGCAAUAUGCUUGGUUCGGGGAGUUUCAGAUAUAUAUAUAAAGGGAGGCUUUUAGAUGGAAUGGAAGUUGCAAUAAAAGUUUUCAAUUUGCAAACAGAUGGUGCAUUUAGGAAUUUUGACAUUGAAUGUGAUGCUAUGCGUAAUAUAGUUCAUCAUAAUAUUGUCAAGGUGAUUACUUGCUACUCAAGUGUUGACUUCAAAGCCUUGAUGCUUGAUUACAUGUCUAAUGGAAACCUUGAGAAAUGGUUACAUUCUAAAAGCUGUUUCAUUCAUAUCAUACAAAGGGUUGACAUAAUGAUAGAUGUUGCGACAGCUAUAGAACAUCUCCACAAUGGACAUCCAACACCUAUAAUUCAUUCUGACUUAAAACCAAGCAAUAUUUUACUAGAUAAAGACAUGGUUGUACAUGUGGGAGAUUUUGGCAUUUCCAAUUUGUUGGGAGAAGGUGAUGUAGUGAAACAAACCAUGACUCUUGCAACUAUCGGGUAUAUGGCACCAGAAUUUGGAUCAGCAGGAAUUGUUUCUAUAAAAUGUGAUGUCUAUAGUUAUGGGAUUGUAUUUAUAGAAAAUUUUACAAAGAAAAAGCCAACUGAUAAUUAUUUUGCUGAACAAGUGACUAUAAGACAUUGGAUGGAAAGUUCAUUGUCUAAAGGAGUGAUAGAAAUUGCAGAUGUUGAUUUAUUAAAAAGAGAGGAUGUUAAAACAAAUUGUAUUUCAUCCAUCAUGAAGUUGGCUUGA